AUGGCUCGAAGAAAGCGUACACCUCCGCGCGCAGAUCGCAACGCAUACAAAUCUGCGACAGAUCGGGUCAUCAACUACCUGAUCAUUGCCGCCAGCCGAAACGGGCCCAUCACCACACAUCUUCACGAGAAUGGGCGCGCAAAGGUCGACCACCUUCCGGACCUGGCUGAGGCCGUCUCGGAUGGUGUUGAGGACAGGAUCUUCGACGACAUUCGUAUUGCUAUUGAUGGGCGUGAGGCCGACCUUCACUACCACAUAAUGCAAGGGGACUCAACGCUAGAAGAUAUUACCCGUCAUCAGCACAUGGUCAGCAUGCUGAGGCAAGUCCGCGGAAUUCUCUAUGCCCAUCGCCGACCACGCAUAGCGAGGCAACCCAAUGAAGCGAACACGACGCAGGCGCAGUCAGAGAAAGACGCUCGCCAGCAGUUCUCACGUCUCAAGGUGUGUGAGCCGUCAGCGUCGCCUUUGGGCCAAGCACCUUCCACCGGUGUGUCAUUCUCCAAGGGCGACAGGCUAGCAGCUUUGAACCUGCUGCAACAGUUCCAAGAGGUGGAAAACUAUGUGCUGAGUCUUUGGCGAUCUCUUCCGGAAGGGGAGGGCAACUUACUGACGUGCGGCGUGUUGUCGAACGCGGCAUAUCUCCUGAUGCGUGACCUCGAAAAGGCUUCCGUGUCAGCACAUCCUCUACUAGAUUCCUGGUCGCAAUUUUCGGAGAUGCUGGAGCCACAAGUCAUACGCAGUGGCAAGAUGGUCUUUGUUCGACCUUGCAAUGCCGUUCUGAAGCACGAUCAUGCUCCCAGCAAGACUGCCGCUGCACUUGAGACAAUCAGCGGUAUACGUCCUGCUGCGGCGAGCUUGCUCAAUGAUAUUCACAGCAAGAUCAAGCUUGCAGAGCAGAAGAAGACGAAGAACUCGUCCCCACUGGUACUGGAAGACAGCUGCUUCGACUUCGGCGCGAUCCUGCGAAGCCAAGUCCAGGAAAUUCGGGCCAGUGCAAGGUCUCGAGGCCGCAAUGGGGCUGGAACUGAGGGAUUGAACGUGUUUUCACCCUUCAACAGAGGACUUCUGGACUUCAUCAAGACUUCACAUCUUCCACUCUGGCUUGUUUAUGCCACAGCUAUCGAACAAUCAAUCUAUGAGAUUGUUGGAAGCGAGCCAGGUCUAGUCUCUGACAUCUACCUCGACGCAAUGGCGCAAAUGUCGGAUGACUUUGCUCUAGAUCAGCGUGCUGCCACGCAAACGAUUGGUCCUUUGACACAGAGGAUGCAAUUUCACUUUUCAUGUCGUGAUGUGAUGGAGCAAGACUUUCGUUCGUCCACUGCUGAAGAUCAGGUACCAGCGCCGCGCAAACCGAUAGCACACUUCAUGGGCACGCCGACUGCCGCUCUGGAUCGACUAUUCGAAGCCGUGCUCGAUGCAAGCAAGUCCCGAUGCGAAGUAGCCAACCUGUCAACCAUGGUUAUUCCGAUCGCGCACAUAUACAGUGCAGGAAGGAAGCUUGGGCUGCUCCCGUCUCCUUGGCAAGAUAUGGAGACCUUCAUUGAUCGACACGGCAGUCAAAUCUUCCUCAGCAAUGAUAGCACCCACGACUCUCACACGUCGUUACAGCGCCUCAUCCAAGCGCUCGGUUUGCCCUCUUGGCACUUUCAUCCCGGGCAGUUGCCCGCCCUUCCCAGCCAGCGACAGAUUAUUGAGAGAUGCAAAAGUAUUCAGCCUACUUCUCAACUUCUGGAGCUAAGUCAUAGCAACUCUGACGGAUUCAGCAAGACCGAAAAGAUUGUCAAAGGAUUUGCAAAAGGGCAAGACAGAAAGCCUGACGCCGUGCCAGUAGACCAAGGGAGCUCACCUGCAAACCCGACUGUCCAGAUUCUUGCGUCUCUCAAGGUAGUCAUGGAGGCAGAAGAGCCGCUUCUCAAUUUCGACUACCUUGAGCUCAUAGAGAAGUGCUGGUGGAUCGGCAUGUACAUCGGCCUCGAGUGGGAUGACCGGUGGGCUGAAAACGCCGACAUGUGCGUCCGCCUCGCAUACACUUCACUAGAUUCUCUCGACACUGCGAGACGCGAAGGCAGUCCGAUACAAGGCACGACUCUGGCACACGCCUGCGAGGAGAUUCGCUCGUUGAUUGCAGACAGCCGGUCGGGCAUUGCAGAUGAGCUUACUCAGGCUUCGAAAGUUGUGCUUGGUAGAGAGGCAUGCAAGAGAUUGAGAGCGUACGACCCGAAGCACCCUGGCGGUGCGUUCGAGGCGUACCUCAAGGCAAAAGGCAAGAAUCUGAGUGCGUUUUCAGCACAAAUAAUCGAUUCUAGUGCUGCUGGACUGACCUUCUGGGCACCAAAAGCAAAAGAAGAAGAGAUCGAUGAACUUGCUGAGCUGGGAGAGAAAUUCUGGCAAGCGUGGGAGAAGGACUCAUCGCUGAGAAACGCAGGUUUGAUAGAGAAGCGUGAGUCCUCAGAGACCACGAAGAAUGAAAGUUAG